AUGUCUACAAUUGAAAGCAAAACUGCGAGUCUCUCCUGGACCAGGGUGUGCAAAGAGUGCGGGCAGCAACAUGAGGGCCAGGAAAGCCACCUGUAUGAGUACCUCGAUGACGUGGACGACGAACUGGUGUGCCACAUCUGUCUGCAGCCUCUCAUCAGACCCAUGGACACUCCCUGCGGACACACCUACUGCUUUGACUGUCUGGGCAGCUUCUUGAAGGAUAAGGACUUCUGCCCCGUGGAUCGCCAGAGGCUGCAGCUUCACCAAUGUCGACCUUCCACCCUGUUGGUCCGGAACCUGCUGGACAAGCUGGCUGUGAUGUGUCCUUACAAUACAGAGUGCCAGCAACAGAUGCAACGCUGUGAACUUCAGGCUCAUCUGCACAAUAGAUGUCUCGUAUUUAGGAGACUACGGGAAGAAAGUGAGAAGAGGAAGAAGCCCUCGUGGAACGAACUGAAGGGACGCAAAGGCGAAAGCGAGCUGUCUGCUGAUGCUAAACACUCGGAUACGCCGCCACGCUGUGCCACCAGAGACCUACCCGAUCCUGGACUCAUCAACCCUGCCUAUGAAGAAAGCGAGGAUGACAACACGCCAUUGCGCUCCAGCCUGGUGGCAGAGUCUAACGUGGUGGAGCUUUUCAGAGAGGAAGCGGAUGAAGAGCUGGGCCUGCGCAUUGUGGGCGGCAAAGACACUCCGUUAGGCAAUAUCGUCAUCCAGGAGAUUCUACGUGAUUCGCAAGUGGCUCGUGACGGCCGACUGGCACCGGGAGACCACAUCUUAGAGGUCAAUGACAUCAGCCUGGCGUCCAUCCCUCACGCUCGGGCAGUGGCCGUGCUGCGCCAACCUUCCCUAGUCAGGCUCACUGUCAUGCAGGAAAAGGGUUUCAAACCAAGGGAGGGGCGCUCCGAUCAGGCCGGCGGCGCUCACGGCAAUGUGGCCUCCACUCAUAAUCCUGGGACGGUACUGCAGGUGACGCUGACCAAGAGUCAGCGCUCAGAGCCACUAGGCAUAAAACUCAUACGCAAAUCAGAGGAGAGUGGCGUCUUCAUCCUGGACCUGCUGUCCGGAGGCCUAGCGGCCAAAGACGGUAAACUGAAGAACAGUGACAAAGUGUUGGCCAUCAAUGGACAUGACCUGAGGCACGGUACGCCAGAGAGUGCUGCUCAAAUCAUACAGGCUAGCGAGGUGCGCGUCAACUUUGUAGUCCUGAGGUCAGAGACGCAGGACGAAAGCGGACCACAAGGCCGAGCGACCAGGAAGGCGCCGGAGCCACAGUACUUCAAGCGACGCUCCACCUUCAUGAAGGACCCUCCUGGUGGCUUUUCCAGCCAGGAGAAGACUGUGAGCCUGAAGAAGGACCCUCGCCUUUCCCUGGGAAUCACCAUUGCCGGCGGGAGGGACUGUCGCAGCCGCCUGCCUGUCUACAUCACGACCGUGCAGCCCGUUGGAUGCCUGCAUCGAGAUGGCACUAUCAAACGAGGUGAUGUUCUACUGAGCAUCAACGGGGUGGACCUGACCCAGUUGACGUACAGCGAGGCUGUUUCUGCGCUGAAGGCGCAAGCCGCUCAGCCACAGGUGGCGCUACGUGUCAUCCAGACCAUUUCGGAAGACACGCAGGAAGACGCAGAGGGUGGAGGGGACGACAGGACGGACAGUACAGAAGAUACGCGUGAAGAUGCUUUCAACUGGACGCCGUUGUGGACAAGGUGGCUGGGUUUACCGAGCCACAUGCACUGGUGCCGGGACAUCGUCCUGCAGAAGAACAACAACGAGAGCUGGGGCUUCAGUAUCGUUGGCGGCUACGAGGAGAGUCACGGCCAGCUGCCCUUCUUCAUCAAGACCAUCGUGCCCGGCACACCCGCUCACUUCGACGGCCGCCUUAAGUGCGGCGACGAGAUCGUGGCGGUGAAUGGAGCCACCACGGUGGGCAUGAACAACUCGUCGCUCAUCCCCAUGCUCAAGCUGCAGAAGAAUAAAGUGACGCUGACAGUGGUGUCCUGGCCCGGCAGUCUGGUCUAG